GUAAGUAUGUUCUAUUAUUACUACUCAUUAUAAUUCAUCAUUAUUCAUAAUAUUUAUUGGAGAUUAUUCCUUAUAACAAUUUUACAAGUUACCAUAGCAACAAGAUCAAUCACAUUUGACCUUAGUGAUUACACAAGAAAGAUUAAAAAAAAAUGACAAAAAAUAUUCUAUUUAUUCAUUUAUUCUUAUUAUUUAUUAUUAUUUAUAUAUUUAUAUUCAAUAUAAAUGAUAUAAAAUGUACUACUGUCAAUGAUUUAUUAAUUUAUCCUAAUCGACAUAAAAAAUUAUUUAAAAUUAUCCAUUAUUUAAUUAGACAAUGUGCACCAUAUUGUUUAAAUUAUGGUAAAUUAGAAAAACCAGAUAUGCCAUGGAAAAAAUGUUAUUGUUUAUGUCCUGAUAAUUAUUAUGGAAUUGCAUGUGAAUUUAAUCGAAAUCAUGAAGAAAUCGAUAUUGACAAUAAUAAUAAUGGUAAUGAUAAUAAUCAGUUACUAAGUAAUAUGCAUCAUCUGAAAUCAAAUUCAUUACCAUUUUCAUAUGAUCGUCCAUCAUCAUCCUCAUCAUCAUCAUCAGCAGCAGCAGCAUCAUCUUACCUUACACGUACAAUGAAUAAUAAUAACAAUAAUAAUAAUCAAGGAAAUGAUAAUGAUCAACAAAUGAUUUUUGUAAAGUAACUUAUGUCACUCUACCCUUUUGUUGUUGUUGUUGUUGAUGUUGUUGCUGUGAUUUUGAUGAACCAUG